GGCCGGGAAGCGGCCGGUGCCCGUCAGUCAGGCAGCGGGAGCCGCCGGGAGCGGAUGGCGGCGGCGGCGGCGGCCCUCGCCGCCGGGGGCGAGGAAGCUGCAGUCCCCGUGCCGGGGUCUCCUGCGCUCCCCGGGAGCCGCAGCGCAGAGCGAGCCCUAGAGGAGGCGGUGGCCACCGGGACCCUGAACUUGUCCAACCGGCGUUUGAAGCACUUCCCCCGGGGCGCGGCCCGCAGUUACGACCUGUCAGACAUCACCCAGGCUGACUUGUCUCGGAACCGGUUUCCCGAGGUGCCCGAGGCAGCGUGCCAGCUGGUGUCCCUGGAAGGCCUGAGCCUCUACCACAAUUGCCUGAGAUGCCUGAACCCAGCCCUGGGGAAUCUCACAGCCCUCACCUACCUCAACCUCAGCCGGAAUCAGCUGUCUUCACUGCCAGCCUACAUCUGCCAGCUGCCCCUUCGAGUGCUGGUCGCCAGCAAUAACAAGCUGGGAGCCCUGCCUCCAGACAUCAGCGCCUUGGGGAGCCUGCGGCAGCUUGACGUGAGCAGCAAUGAGCUGCAGUCCCUCCCUGCGGAGCUGUGCAGCCUCCGCUCCCUGCGGGACCUCAAUGUUCGGAGGAACCAGCUCCGAGCCCUGCCUGAUGAGCUGGGGGACCUUCCUCUGGUCCGCCUGGAUUUCUCCUGUAACAGUGUCUCCCGAAUCCCGGUCUCCUUCUGCCGCCUCAGGCACCUGCAGGUCGUUCUGCUGGAUAGCAACCCCCUGCAGAGCCCCCCUGCGCAGAUCUGCCUCAAGGGGAAGCUUCACAUCGUCAAGUACUUAAUGACGGAGGCUGGCCGGCGGGGAGCUGCCCUCGGGGACCUGGUCCCUUCCCGCCCCCCAAGUUUUAGUCCCUGCCCUGCUGAAGAUUUAUUUCCCGGACGUCGAUAUGAUGGCGGCCUGGACUCAGGCUUCCACAGCGUUGACAGUGGCAGCAAGAGGUGGUCAGGAAAUGAGUCCACAGAUGAUUUUUCAGAGCUGUCGUUCCGCAUCUCAGAGCUGGCACGGGAGCCCCGGGGGCCUAGACACCUUAGGGAAGAUGGCUCUGGUGAUGGAGACCUGGAGCAGAUCGACUUUAUUGACAGCCAUGUUCCUGGGGACGAGGACGAGCAAAGUGCAGCCAAGGAGCAGCUGCCUUCUGAAUUAAGCCUUGUAGCAGGGGAUGUGGGGAGAGCGCCAAGCAGCAGACGGGAGGAGCCUGCAGGGGAGGAGAGGCGGCGCCCUGACACUCUGCAGCUGUGGCAGGAGCGGGAGCGGCAGCAGCAGCAGAGUGUGGCGUGGGGACGCCCCAGGAAGGACAGCGUCCUCAAGCGGGGGAGCAGGGCUGCUGGCACAGGCACUUCAGCCCCGGCCACCCAGGCUGCCUGCAGUGGCCCACCGAAGUCCAGUGCUACCCACGUGGGGGCUUCAGGGGGCCAGGGAGCUCCCGCCCCGUCCCCCAUCUCCCAGGACCCCCUUCCUGUAUCUGGACCAGUGACAGCUCCUGGUCCCAGGCCGCUGGGCUCCAUUCAGAGACCAAACAGCUUCCUCUUCCGGUCCUCUUCUCAGAGUGGCUCCAGCCCUUCCUCUCCAGAGUCUGUUCUGAGACCUCGGCCGUUUCCUCAGGCUCUAGAUGAGAAGGAGCUAAUGUCCCGACUUCGCCAGGUCCUCGAGUCCCGGCUGCAGCAGCCCCUGCCUGAGGACCUGGCGGAGGCUCUUGCCAACGGGGUCAUCCUCUGCCAGCUGGCCAAUCAGCUGCGGCCCCGCUCCGUACCCUUCAUUCACGUGCCCUCACCUGCUGUGCCAAAGCUCAGCGCCCUCAAGUCUCGGAAGAACGUGGAGAGCUUCUUAGAAGCCUGCCGGAAAAUGGGUGUGCCUGAGGCUGACCUGUGUGCGCCCUCGGAUCUCCUCCGGGGCACCGCCCAGGGGCUGCGGACCAUCCUCUCGGCUGUGGUCCUGGUGGGGGGCAAGGCCCCUGCCCCGGGCCAGCCGUCCUGUGGUCUGGGCGGCUUCCUGCUCUUCUACGUGGUCUCCAUGCUGCUGCUCUAUGUGGUCUACUCUCGGCUCCUGGGCUCGUAGGCCCGGCGCCCCUCCCCCGCCCUCUAUUUAUAAGAGCUAUCUGAUGUGUCCUGACCGGUGGUGCCUUCAGCCCCUACCAAAGACACUAGUGCCCCGCACAAACGCUGACCUCCGUGCCCUUUACCCCUAGCGCUGACGGUGACCUCGUGGCCUCCCACUAGCCCUCCAUCCGGGAGGGAUGACAGGACCGUGGCUUUUCCCCUCUCUCCUCCCUCCCCUACUGGCUGCUCCUCGGGAGCUAAAUUAUCUCUGUUUUGUAGAGAACUCUAUUUGUAGGGGAUGUGGCCCAUUAUGGGCGCUGGCUCUGUAUAUAAACUGUAUAGACUGUC